GGACGAGUUCCCAAGGGAGGACGAGUUCUGAUGAUUGCUUAGUUGUAAGGGGAAGUGUGGAGGGCAGAUAGCAAAAAAGAUACAAAAGUAAAGUAACAAAGUAUCAAUAUUAACUGUAAUGAUUCUACCAAAAAAAUGGACUUUAAUCUGUAGAAUCAGUAAAAGUCAGUGACCUGUGGUUCAGCAAUUGGUUAAAGUUUCAACAUAUUAACUGGUCUCUGGUUUGGGGAAUUCGUAAUCACAAGCCAUUCCCAAGUUGAUCACCAUGGAUCUAAAUGCUGUGAACUCGAUGAACUACGAGGAGUUUGUGGAUAUUUUUGGCAACGUUGUGGAAAAAUGUCCUCUAAUCACAGGAGCGAUUUGGUCCAAAUGUCCAUUUUCAAGUGUUGCUGAUCUGGAAGCAAGUAUUUAUGAAUUUAUAGAUUCCCUGCCAUCAUCUGGUAAGGAUACUCUGCAAAACUAUACAUCGUGUCUUGUUUUUAAAAAUAAUUUCUUUCACCUUCCUCACUGCUACAGAAUCCAAUAUUUCUUCUGCUGUGCUCACAAUAUUAUAUUCCUAAAACACUGGAGGAUCCAAAGGGGGAAAUGUUUUUCAUGAUACCUCUCCCUGAGGUAACACCAUGUGUAGAAUGUACAAAUGUAUCCCUUGCAAAACAUUCCAUUCUUUACUGUUGGUGCCAUAGGCUUGGAUUAACGAUGAUUGACAGCUGGUGUACUCUACAUUCUGUGCAAGAUUUUCUCCUAGUGAGCAGUGAUUCCUCUGAAGUACAAGUAAUGCCAACUACAAGCCCCACUCACUUUACAGGGUUCUCCAAACUCUGACCCUCCGUAUGUUGCUUAACUACAACUCCCAUGAUUCUCUAGCUAUCUAUUUCAUUCAAAGAAUCAUGGGAGUUGUAGUUCAGCGACAUCUGCAGGGCCAGUGUUUGGAGAAUCCUGCACUAGGAGGAUAACAGAUGCAGAUAGUAGUGACAGGAAGCUGCAUUGAACAUUGCCUGUUAACGCUCUUUCAUCAAACACCUAUACCACCAAUUGUGAAAGGUAUGAUGUAUUGUAUGAGCGACAUCUGUAGCCCCCUUUGCUGCCCCUCUAUGCCAAGUACGUGUCUGUUGUCAUGUGCCUUCCUUCUCAUACUACCUUUUAUCUUCAGAACUAAAAAAAAAAAUAACUUGUUCGUUUAGGUUUCUCUCUGGAAAAGGCCAUUCUAGUUUUCCACCAUUUGAAAUUGUCUGCAUUCUAGAUAUAGUCAGUAUCCAAGGAAUGCUAGUCUAAUCCCAUUCAUCUGCAACAAUAGUACUCCGAUGCUCUUAAGGACACAUUUAUUGGAACAAGGUGAACACUGCAUGUUUGGAUCCAUUAAUAGGUUUUUGUCAAGUUUAACAAAGCUAUUUGAACUGUGCUGGUCCUGGGUCUGGUUGCACCUUAUUUUAGUUCAUGUGAAUUGAGUGCAGUUUCUAAUUGAUUUUCUUGUGAUAUUCAGCAGUAACAGCCACCUGCCUCUACAAGUCAUUAGCAGAAACCAGUACAAUAACCCACCUGAAUUAAUUCACAUUGUUUGUUCUACCAAAUAUAAAACUCCCCAUGAUUGUAUAUAUUUUAUUAUUACUUUUCAUUGGACUAAACUUCUUUGGAAAUGCUAAAAUGACGUUGAAAACCAAGAAAAGGUACCAGUUUCUAUUCUAUAAUAUUCUAUCUACACCUUAGCAAUAGCCAUUAUAGGAAAGCAGGGGAAGAAAGAAUGCACUGCCAUCUAGUGCCAGAGCAGGGAAUUGGCAGACGGUUAAUCAAAGCUCUCGUUCAGCAUGGGUUACUGUUACUGAUCCCACAACAAUUACAGUACUGAAACUACUACUGCACUGAGUAGUAACUUGAAGUUUUUUCUCUUACUGAAUGAUCCAAACAACAAACAACUGAAAUUAAAGGAAAACUAUACUGUUAGGAAUAUUAAACUGUACUGCUAACACAAUAGUGCUCUCUGCCCCACCGCCCCUCGUGCCACUUCCCCAGGCAAAUAAAGGAUUAAAAAACCCUUUAAACAAACACUUAUCUGAUUCCAGUGGCAAUGCUCUUGGUGUUGGCUCACGCUCCUCCAACAGGGGCGGACGGGACUAAUGUGCAUGCGCAGCAAGCGCCCCAUGCACAUUAGGCCUUUCUCAUAAUUAAGCAUUGCGUCAAUCUUUUCCUAUGGGGAUUCUGAAGACACUGGAUGUCCUCAUGCAAAGAAUGAGGAUGUCCAGUGUUGUUUCACAGAGUCAAACUCUGAAAUUGCAGGAAGCACCUCUAUGGGGUGUUUGGUAGACAGCCACUAGAGACAGUCUUAACGCUGCAAUGUAAAAAUUGGACUUUCUGAAAAACUUCAGUGUUUUACAUUGCAGGACUAAGGGAACACUCCACCAAACCGAUUUAAUGGGAUGAAGUGAUCUCAGUGCCCAUAGUGUCCCUUUAAAUAAACAGCUGAGGUUGACGUUGCCCCCAAAUCUACCUUUGUGUUUUAUAGUGGUUUUGAGAUAAUGAAUUUAAGGAAGAGAGGCACAAAGUUUUUUUUUUUUUUUUUAAUGUAAAACUAAAAAAAUAAAAUCAAUUGAGACUGUUGCAAAUCUGAAGAUUCUUCAGCGAGCAGAGAGUGAACGACCGGUUAUUGGCUAAAGUGUGAAUUGUCUAAAUUCAAAGUUAAUUUUCACAUUUUUAUUUAGAUUAAAAUAGCCAAACUUGAAGCAAAGUUCAUUUUCCAUUUCAGAUAUUUUCUCCUAAAAUGUGAGAUUCACUUUGGAUUCACUUAAAUUCCUGAUAAUUCUUACUUUCGAUACCCACAAUGUAGAUCUCUAGAUGAACCACAUCUUCUAGAACUAUAGCUUCUAAAGAAAGUCUGGCAUUAUGGCAGCUGCAGCUCUACAAUGUCUAUGAAUCUACUUUUGGGGCACCACUAUUUUAGAUAAUAAUGUUUUUUUCAUGGCUUUUUUUCAUAUCUUGCAAAUCUCUGUGACCUUGGUUUGGGUAACUGAGUAUCAAGUAGCUUUAUCCAUAAAAAGACAUGAAUAAAUAUAAUGAACCAUCUAACAAAAGACAUAGCGUACAUAAAUUAAAUAACUUUGCCAGCUGAUAAAAGCUGUUAAAAGUGUCAUUUUGAUAGCCGUGUGGGUUCUCUCUCUCUCUCAAAGGGAGCUCAUAAAGUGACUUAAAGGGACAGAUCCCUAAAGCACCUUGGAUUGAUGAAAUGCUUUACGUAUGAGGAGUGUGUCCUACUUUUAUUAUUUUGCAAAAAGUGCAGAUUUCUGUAGAAGUUAAAACUUUUAUAAAGUAACCUGGUUACAUCCCACUGGCGUUCAAGCAGACAGCUGGCCCUGUUACUUCCUGGUUUGGUUAUCUCAGUGAAGCUAAACUCAACAGGCAGCAAUUACUCAGAGCACCUGCCAUGCAAACACGUCUAAUUGAGAUGAAUUGGAAAGUCUGAGCUUGCAAUAGCUGCAGACAAGAGAACUGCAGGUUCUGCAUGAGGUUUUUAUAUAUAACCCCAAUGAAAAAAAAUUAUAAUUAAUAGCAUGCAUGUUCUCAUUUGGGUAUACCUGCUAAACAGAUUUUUAUUUAUUUGGUAUUUGGACAGGUGGAGUACCCCUUUAAGAACUUUAUUAAUUACAUUUGUACGGUUGUUAUUGGGGUUUAGUUGCCUUUAGAUAAUGUUGGGGUGGACAUAAAGCUUAAUCUCCAUUAGCAAAUUGCUGCAGCUAUUAUGAAUAUGUUUAAAAAAAAACCACAUUUAUAAGUAAAUAUUUUUUUUCAGUAAAUCAUCUUCCUUACACUUGUUCUGUGGGGUAGACCUAUUUAAGUGGAAACUAUCCCUUCCCAGGAUAUUCAAUAUUCUGUUUGCACACCAACUAAAUUUAGCAAAUAUGUUUUUGUGACCUCUGAAAAAUAAGAUGCAAUGUAAAAAAUCCCACAUCUUGGAACUGGGUACCACCUCCUUGGUUCUGCAUCAAUCAUCAUUAUAAGUGCUGCCCUUUUUGUCUAUCUCUUGUCUCUUCAUCAUUUGUAUUGUAUGCCCUGGUGGUUUUGUCUGAACUGAACUGGAUUGUGAUUUCACCUCCUCAAUCUUUACUAUACUAUACAUUUUAAAAGAAAGCAAAUUCACAAAUAUAACACAAGUUAUAGAAUGUUUGUAAUGGUUUUUUGUUUUUUUUUAUGGUGUAAUAUCCAUAGAAGUGACAGUUAUAUUCUUUGGUCAAAAGUACAGCUUACUCAAGCAAACACACAUACAUACAUACAUACUUACAGACACACACACAUACUAAAACAGACAUACACACAUAUAGGCAUACAUACUGACACACAUACUGAGACAUACACACAUAUAGGCAUACAUACUGACACACAUACUGAGACAUACACACAUAUAGGCAUACAUACUGACACACAUACUGAGACAUACACACAUAUAGGCAUACAUACUGACACACAUACUGACACAUACUGAGACGUAUACAUACUGAGUAUACAUACUGAGUCUAAAGGACUAUGACCACUGUGCAACCAGGAUCUACCUAAUUACCAGAUUUUGUUGUCUUUUUUCAAAACGGAUGCAUUAUUUCAUACAACAGAAAUCAACUCACCUGCUCUGUCAAACAUUAUAUUGAAGUCUAUGGACUGUAUUGCUAAUUAAGCAUUUCUUUAUUUUAUAUGUGCUAUAUUCUUGUUAUGCAAUUUUGAAACAAGAUUACAAACAUUCAUGCAUUUUUAUUUCAAAACCUUAUUGCUGCCGAAGUCUACCAAAGUUAAAUUUCUUUAUUUAAAUAAAUAAUAUUUUCUUAAAGUGACAGCUUCAAAUUUAUUUGUUCACCUGCAGUUGAGUUCCAAAUACAUUUUUCUCGAGAAGUAUUACAUACACACAUCUCAUUUUUCAGCCACUCUCCUGUUUCUUACCUUUUCCCUGCAGGAGGGUGGCUCGGGCAGAUGGGAGUCUGCGUGGCUCUCCCUCUUCACAGCCUGGUUGUCUCGCCUCCUGCGCGGAGUGAGCUGGGAGAAAGUGAUAUAAGAUAUAGGGCCCAUCGGGUGCAGGCCCUGAUGCAGCUGCACCAGCGGCAGUUCCGCCGCUACAUGUAGGCCCUGGACCACCGGGCCCCCCAGGGCCACGGGGCCCGUGACAACCAUCAUGGUUGUCACCCCUUGAUGGCGUCCCUGUUAAUCAGGGUCAAACUUGGAAAAAAAUGUGUCCCAGGCAUUUUUUAAUCAGAGAAGGCCCACUUGUAGGGGAUUGAGCCAGAGAGGUUGUGUUGUAUCAUCCCCAAUGACAAGCAUGUCCCCCAAAGUGAGCAUGCAAGUUCAAUGCUCAGAACCGUGGAGCCUGGAGGAGGGAUUCUCUGCAGCUGGCUUUGGUGCAAUUUUUAGCCUUCCUCCUACCAUACCCGGCCGAUCUCCACCACUAGCCGUGAAUAAAAGAAAAAUGGGCCAGCAGGGAAGAUCCUUUGAUCUCCCCUUUCGACCUCGGCCCAUGGCCAUCGCAACCCCACAGGUAUUUGCCCGGUUUGCCUGAUUGCCAGUCCGGGUCUGGUAUUAACAUAUUUAGCAUAUGUACGCAUGCGCAUUCAGCUAAAUAGGAGGAGAAAAGGGAGGAGAGGAGGAGGAGAGCUCCCCGCCCAGCGCUGGAGAAAGAGGUAGGUUUAACCCCUUCCUCCCCCCAGAGCCCGGCGGGAGGUGGACCCUGAGGGUGGGGUCCCCCUCAGGGCACUAUAGUGCCAGGAAAAUGAGUAUGUUUUCCUGGCACUAUAGUGGUCCUUUAAUGAACUUCAUUAAUUUCACUUUUUGAGUUUCUGUGAACAUGCAAGAGUGAAUAGGUUUUGGUAUCAUUUGUGGACCUUAAGCGCUUAUCUCAUUUAUUGAGCACAAUUAGUUGAUGCUCUCAGCCAAUAAACUGAGAACUGCAGGGAUUGCUUUAAGAGAGCUAGCACAAGCUCCUACCAGGUAUAGAACAGCACCUGGCAGACCCCACGUUAAAAAGUCAACCGAUGACUAAACAGUUUGACUACUUACACAGCGGAGUCUCCAGGGAAUGUCUGGCACCAUUACCACUCCAGCAUGCCGUAGUAAGCAAAAUGUACAACAAUCCUACUGCAGAAGGUCUAAAAAGGAAUACAUGUAAAUAGAUUACCAUUCUUCAAACAUUAUGGUAUAAAUGUAUUGUUUUUAUUAAACAUACUUUUCAGAAAAUUAGAGGAACAGUCUCGAAGUACGUGAUGUGCAUCAUGAUUUCCUGCUAAUAUUGUUGUCCUACAUAUUUAACUACCGUCUUUAUAUUAUUUUGCUCUGUUCUGCAGAUUUUAUAUUGAACUGAUCUUUUAUUAUAUAUACGAUAAAAGUCCUAAAUAUUUUAUGUGAAGUUCUCAGAUCAGGAACUUGGUCCUGGAUUAUUCCUGUAUAGUGAUGUCCCGAACUGUUCGCCGAACGGUUCGCGAACGGUUCGCCACAAACGGUUCGCCACGGACUCAUCAUUGAGUAAACCUUGACCCUGUACCUCACAGUCAGCAGACACAUUCCAGCCAAUCAGCAGCAGACCCUCCCUCCCAGGCCCUCCCACCUCCUGGACAGCUCACUAAGAAUGCAGCUUCACAAUAAAUGUAAAAUGGAUGCUGUCCAGGAGGUGGGAGGGUCUGGGAGGGAGGGUCUGCUGCUGAUUGGCUGGAAUGUGUCUGAUGACUGUGAGGUACAGGGUCAAAGUUUACUCAAUGAUGAGUCCGUGGCGAACCGUUCUCGGCGAACCGUUCGCGAACCGUUCGGCGAACAGUUCAGGACAUCACUAUUCCUGUAUCUAUUUCCAAUUAAUAUAUAUAUAUAUAUAUUUUUUUUUUUUAAAUAGGAAUUAACCCAAUUGGAUUCAAUGUAAUUCCUCUAACUAAUCGCUAGGUGUCACUCUUGUACUAGUUAUAUUUCUGUUUAGCUCUUUCAUUCACCUUAGCCUUUGCCCUGUGACAUGGCUUUUUUUUAGCCUUUUGUGAAGUGCAUGGAAAAAAAUAUUAAAGUGAACUAUUGCUAAUACACUUUUAAUUAACAUAGAAACUUUAAAACAAAUGUUGCAUUGAUAUUUCUUUGAAAAUCCAAUUUGAUCAAAGGUUAUAUACAAAUCAAUUCAGGACUACUUUGUCAAUAUAUAACUGUGUAGAAAGGUGUACAAAAUCCAAUCUGCCAUCAUUAACUAAUAAGCUCUCCCAUUGAAGUAAGCCGUCGGUCAUUGACUGACCAAGAUUCCUGACAUCAUCUUCUAUAGUACAUAGAAUAUGUCUACAGUAUCUCUUCAUGCUUGUGGAGGAUUCUGGGAUACCCCACAGAUGUCAGCCAUUUUGCAGGCUUCUGCAAAAGUCCUGUCUUGUGUAUGUACCGGAAUCCAAUGGUGGCACAGAUGGCAAGGGUCAAGAUGGCAGCACAAGCUAAAGAUGUUUCCAGAGAAAGUCUUUCCCUUCCUUUCUUUUCAUAGACUCCAAGAUUUGUGGGUUUAUUUGUAGAAAAUGUGAGAAUCUCAUUACUGUUAUAAAAGUCCAUACUAGGGUUAAGCUGGUCAUUAACAUAAACGCUGGGCCUUGGAAUUACAUUAGAUAGCUAUGGUACCCAAGCCCCUACCUUCAUAUACGUCUCUACCUACUCUUCACACUAAUAACAGUGAGGGCGUAAUAAAGCUAAAAUAAAAAAAAAUCAUAACCUGUCAAACUGUUAAAAACACCCCUUCUAGUAGGUACUAAGCUCUGCAUACCGAGAACAUCCCACAAGACUUGCCAUUUUAAGAAGUUGCUCUGACCCAGUUGUCUAGCCAUCACUAUGUGGCCCUUGUCAAACUCACUCAGAUCUUCUCGCUUGCCAAUUUUCCAGCUUCCAACACAUGACAUUCAAGAACUGACUGUUCACUUGCUGCUUAAUAUAUCUCACAUGUUGAUAGCUGCCAUUUUAAUGAUAUAAUUAAUGUUAUUCACUUCACCUUUCAGUUGUUUUAAUGUCAUGGCUGAUCAGACAUGUUUAAUACAUAUUAUUAUAUUUAUUAUUUUUGUAAUUUAUAUUUUGCCAUUUUGCCACAUCUCUCACACACUGGUAAAUCGAGUGGAAUACCACAAUAAAUAACUAGUGGGCACCUGUAGACUAUGCUAAAGGACGAGGACCUGUCUGUGGUUCUCUCCAAACCCCCUGCUUAAUACCCAUGGGAAAAUAAUGUACAUUUCAAUGUAAACAUUUACAUGAAAACAAGUGAAUCUAUUCUGAGGAUUUGCUGGCAUUUACUCAGUGUCUAAUAGAUAUCCAAUGUUGAUAAAUAUGGGAAUUCUAUACUUUGUAUAUUUGCAAUGUUGAAUUGCUGCUUUUAGACCAGACGCUGGAUUACUCUAAAUGAUAUAUGUUAUAUCUGCAAAGUAGAUUUCUAACAGAUUUACCCUUGGUAAAAUAUCCCAAAAGUAAAUCCAGAUUUUCUACAUCCUGACUGCAUUAAAGGUACCCUAUAGUCACCAGAACAACUACAGCUUAAUGUAUUUGUUCUAAUGAGUAUAAUCAGUCCCUGCAGGCUUUUUGCUGUAAAACACAGUCUUUACAGAGAAAAGGCAGUAUUUACAUUGCCCCCUAGGGACACCUCCUAGUGGCCACGCCUCAGAUGGCCACUGAAGGUGCUUCCUGUGGCAGUGCUGCACAGUAGGCAACAUUUCCGUUUUCCUCAUAGAGUGGCAUGGGAAAACAUUGGAUUGGCAAAAAAAAUCAUAAAUUUUGAUGACAGCAAGGAGGAGGAUCGGGUGCGGGGGUGAGUUUAAACCCCCUUUAAGGGAGGUUAUGGGGCAAGCCACCUAAAAAUUGAUUUUAAUUCUAUAGGGUCAGGAAAACAUGUUUGUGUUUCUGACCCUAUAGUGUUCCUUUUAAGACUACAGAGUAAAAGCUGUUCACAGUGGUAAAAAAUAAUGUAUUUUAAUAUUUUAAAAUAGUCCCUAUUUUCUCUGCACGUACCUGGUUAUGUAUAUCAUAAUUUUAUAUUAUAUGUAAUAAACAUUUGUUUGUAAGGACCAAAAUUAGAAACUGAAAUUGCCCAUCAUAUACAGAUUAUGCUGAGUCACCUGUACAAACUAUAUUUAAAUAAUUGGCAAUGCAGAUGUUAACAAAGAUUGGUAUAACAAGCCGUUUCAUUGAUCUCAGUUUGGAAAUUCCCGAUCUUGCAACACAUGGAAAAUCUGUGUACUAAAUAGAAAGUUUAUCAUUGGAUUCUUAAGGAAACAAAUGUUUUUAUUUUUUUACUGUUAUAUUGUUUUUAUUCUUUUGAAAGGAAUUUAUCACUUAAAGUUUAGAAGUGUAUGUGGAGCAUAAAAAAAACCCGGCACAACAGAAAAAUUUACAUUUACACUCAAAGCCCUAAUGACAUCACAAGAGGCUAAUAGGGAUAUUUACUAAAACGAGAAUUCUAUGUUUUGAAUUCAAGGCAAAAUAGCAGAAAUAGAAACAUUCUCUAAUUCAGAGAUGUUUCCAGUUCGGCUACUUUAACCUUAAAUUUGAAAUUCACUUUGAAUUCUCACUUUAGCUAAUAACCUUGUAAGUUUCUGAGACAAUUGACAUUUGUCACUGCACUGUGAAGUGAGCUAGUUAUUUAGGCUAAAGCUGAGAUGAUAAACUGUACAGUACACCUCAUUUUCCAGUUCAGCAAAUGUAUUUAUUGCCACAUCUCACUGUUUAGUAAAUACGUACCUUGAUAUUAUUGUCUAGAUUUUCGGCAUAGUUCGUGCUUUUGCAUAAAUGUUUUUACACUGGUGGAUUUUGUCACUAAAUGCCUCUAAAAUUAUGCUUCUGCGGUUUAUGAAUAAACAAAAAUUUAAGUGAAAUCUGAUCUGUAAAAAUAAAAAUCUCCAAAUCAGCUAUAGUUAUAGUUUGACUAUUUAGUCUGACUGUUACAAUUCCGUUUUCCACUUAAACAUUUACUUUCCAAAACCUGCUAUUUUCUUUUUUUUAAAUGUAGCUUGAUUUUGACCAUAUUUAACUCAAGAUGCAACCAAUCUCUACAGACAUGCUCAGCCCAUCACUGCUGUCCAAGUGUGGAUAGAAUUGUUAUAGUUAAUGUGGAAGUGGAAAUUCUGCUUUAGCAUUUAUUAAGUAAUAAUCAAACAUGGGGACAGACAGCUGGUACAUUGGGAGCCAUGAUUUUGGUCAGAUUGCUCGAAAACCGUUUUAGCAAUAACCAGGAGAUUGCACGGAAUCUCUAACAGCACCAUAAACGCCACAGUGGCAUGCAGUGGUUUUGGUAUUUAUGGUUGCCCUUUAAUUGUGGUCUAAUCGAACACAUUCUCACAAUCUCUCUGUUUCUACCCUGCUCUAAUGUUCCAAUGUCCAUGGCCAUUUCCUUAAGUAUUCCCAGUUUUCCUUAUAGCAGUCGUACCUGCUGUUUCCCGGUUUUAGCUGCAGUGUCCCUUUAAGAUAUGAUCUACCUGUUCUUUUAACCUGUGCUGUCAGUCUUCCUAACAUGCCAGGCAGUAUAUACUGAGCAUUGCCUAGCACCCUUAUUUCCUAUGUCCAAAUUGUACCUCCAUGCUGCUCAGCAACAGGUGACAUAGACACAAUAGGCCUUCACUGGAGGAGCAGCUAUUUAAUGGUAUUGACCUGUAGAUUUACCCUGUGUUCACCUUUCAAUCCCAGAAAAAUUAUAUCAGAACAAGUUACGGUACUUUCUCUGCUUAUACCAGUCACUCUCACAACAGAGAAUCCUAUGGAGAUAGAUUGUAAAAAUGAAAAGACUAGAGUCUCAAAAAAUGAGACUCAGAACUGGUUUUAAACAGAGUACAGGAAUUACUUAAUAUAUAUUAUGACUCAAGAAUUCAGCACUGAGUACUGGUAGUGAAAAUUCUCCAUAUAAUGAAUCGCAAGCUGAUUCCAAAGGGUGCCAAGAGAAAUAAAAAAUACUUUACUACUGAUUUCCUCUCGUAAAACAAGCAGGCGUGUUUAUUACAUAAUCACAUCUUUUUGUUUCUUGAAAUGAUUGGGACUUCUGUAAUCAAAUCCUGCCCCAUUUUUGUGCUAAUUACUCACUUUCCUUUAAAGCUACCUCUAAAGUCACCCAGACCACUUCAUGGGUUCAGUGGCCCUCUCCUUUUAAUCCUGGAAUGUAAACAUUGAAACUCUUUAUAAACUACAAAGUUUAUAUUGCAUGGUUAAGCCUGCCCCUAGUGGUUGCCAUACUGACUGGAGGCACUGCCACUGCAAUAGCCUAGUAAAAUGCAGUUACAUCAGCCAGAAGCCAAUAGGAAUACAAUGCUCUGCUAUGAGGAAGCCUGAAUACACGGGCGGCACUCUCCACACCUACGCAUCACCACACAUGUAUUCCUCUAUGAGGAGCAUUGGAUUGGACCAUUGUGGAAGAGUCCAUGCCUCCUCGAUGACAUUGCGGAAGCCAUAGAGUUGAGCAGACUCGCCACUGCACAAAGAUAGAAACCUUUUAAUUUAUUAUUUUUUAUUAUAAACAGGGGGGAGGGUACCCCUGUAUAUACCUAGGGAAAACAGGUUUGUAUUCCAAACACUAUGGUGUUUCUUUAAUGUUAAUUAUGUGACAGAUUACUUUAAAGGACCGCUAUAGUGCCAGGAAAACAUACUCGUUUUCCUGGCACUAUAGUGCCCUGAGGGUGCCCCCACCCUCAGGGACCCCCUCCCGCCCUGCUCUGGAAAGGGGAAAGGGGUUAAAUGUUACCUUUUUCCAGCGCUGGGCGGGGAGCUCUCCUCCUCCGAUCCUCCUCCAUUCCUCCCAUUCGGCUGAAUGCGCACGCACGACAAGAGCUGCGCGCGCAUUCAGCCGGUCGCAUAGGAAAGCAUUUGCAAUGCUUUCCUAUGGACGCUUGCAUGCUCUCACUGUGAUUUUCUCUGAAACUGCUAUGUUUAUUAAAAAAAUGGGUUAACCCUAGCUGGACCUGGCACCCAGACCAAUUUAUUAAGCUGAAGUGGUCUGGGUGCCUAGAGUGGUCCUUUAAUCAAAAGUUGAAUUAUUUUGUCCAAUACAUUUCUUGAUAUGGAUAUAAUUUAAAUGACAGUAAAAAUCCCAGAAAAGCUGUUCAGUUGUUUAAAUAUUCUGUCCUUCAGGGACCACCUAGUGAAGUCAGAUCUAGACAUCUGUUUGAUCAGCAGUCUCAUGUUAUUACUUCCUAAAUCCGAGGUGGCUCCUGACACUGUUACUCCUUUACUUCUUCUUGACUUAAUUUUUUUAUUAUGAGAGGAUAGAUAGAUAGAUACAUAGAUAGAUAGUACAAACAAGGCUCCUGUGAAUGGUGUAUAGUUUUGCCUAUUUUUUUUUCCAGUUCACUUAAUCACACCCGAAGAUAGAAUAGGAGCAAUACUCCGACGACCCUAGACAGAUGCCACUACUUCCAGGUUAAAUCAUAUUAUACCUCCCAAUUUGGAAGACACCUCUUCCACAGUACUCUGACGGAGUUUGAAGAACUGUGCAAGGCACGGGUACACCUAGAUAGGGGGAUCUCGGUCCUGUACACGCGGCUCCAUACCUCAGACCGACAUGAAGAGUGUAACACAUAGCUCGUCGGGAAAGAACCACGGGCGUUGUGCUCUCCGAUCCUCAGUGGUCGAAAAUCCACAUCCUGACCCAUCAGAGCUCCAUGUGCCUCAAACAACAGGAAUUCAACUACAAACUGUUGAUUGGAUGGUAAAGAAUGCCAGAGAGAAUAUAUUGUAUGAUGCCUGAGGCUCCUGACACUUGCUGGAGAUGUGAGGAACAGGUGGGCUUGGAUCUCCACAUCUGGUGGUCCUGCAGCAAAAUAACCCCUUUCUGGAAUGCCGUACACGCAACAAUCAAAGAUAUACCAGACUGAGACCUCCCAUUCCAACCGCUACAGAUGCUCCUUCACCACACCACAAUGCCUAUAUUGAGGUAUAAAAAGUAAUUAACCAGGCAUCUUCUCAAUGCAGCAAAACUACUAAACCCAACUAGAUGGCGUUUGACCGAGGUACCUGUGACAAACUCCCCUUCCCACGUGAGUUUGCCACAAGCUCCUGGAGGAGCCUGUUUGCCAGCCUCCUGCCCACAGACUAUGGGCCCUGCAGGGAAACCUGUAAAAGAGGAGUUAACUGGCAGUGGCUUGGCAUGGACCACCCGAGAGCUUUUUAAACCUAAUUGACAGUUUGUAACACGUUCAACCGCAGUGUUCUAAUUGUUCAUCUGGGUGGCCGCUGUUUGCAUGAACAACCACUAGGUGGCAGCCAUCUUGUUUGCAUGAACGCAGGCAGUGGUGUUUGGUUGUCGAGUUCAUGGAACUGAAAUUGGACACAGAAACUCCCGAACACCGCUGGACUUCCAGCAUUGCCUGCGUUCGGUUCUAUACUACUUAGAAGGGCACUGUUCAGUGGAAACAUUCCCACUAACAUGAUGAACAAGCUCAAGUGUUAGACUAUUGAAGAUGUUUGGUAGUUUGUUCAUUUUUAAACUACCGAACUAGACCGACCACUAGACAUGAUUUCAUGGAACUGUUUUGGGCAUAGGACCAUGUGCUCGGUCGGUACAAAUUAUGACUUCCAUGGAAAUCCCAAACCCCUGAACCAAUCUGGGUGAAUUUUGGAUAUGUAGGUCAAACAUUCAGGUUUGUGUGCUGGGGUAAUUCUCUCUCACCAACAGGGGAGGAGUAUGUUAGAUGUAUGCUUGUAACUGGUCUCCUCUCAGGUCCAGGGGGAGGGAUUAUCCUGUUUUGUGUGGGAGAGUUAUGGGCGUGUUUGACUGUGUGUAAAUUGUAUAAAAGCAGGCCAUCUGGCCAGAUUAAAGCAUUCCAGCUUGUACUCCCAGAACUGUGAUGUGUGUUGUCUGGUUACUGGGAGGGAAAGGGCUAAUCACUACUCCAGCUUGUUCCUGAGUGGAGGAUUCAACCGGGAAAGUCCUUGUAAGGAUUAGAGCUCCCAGGACUGAGUGUCGUCCAGUGCUCAGGGGUGGAUAGAGCGAGUUCCCCAUUUGGCUCGAAGAGGGAAUGAUUGCAGGACCCCAGUCAAGCCUGAGCGACUUUGGGCAGAGGUGCUGUGGUUUGUCCCCUGUUCCAGCUAGGAAGCGGCCCUUGGCAGAGGUACCCAGCCGGGGUACAGGGAGCUCCGUUACAAUUAUGCAUAUACCGAAGGUGGCGAUCCCACCUAAGCUAUUAUUAUGAGUCCCUUGAUAUGUUGAACAAUGGGUGGAGUGUGAAUAUCUAUGUAUUGUUGUCCGAGAUGUCCUAUUGCAAAUAUGUCUCUUGAAGCUGACCUAUAGACCUUCAUUGCUUAUUGUAUGACUACUGCGUAAGAUGAAAAUUAAAGAUUGUCAAAAAAAGAAUAGGUGAAAUAAAUGAUCCAGUUACAGCUUCGCAAUAUUUGAAUAUUUAUUUAUAUAUAUUUUGGUGUGGGGGUCUGAAAUUAGUUAAAGGGACUCUCCGUUGCCCAAAUACAAAAUAAAUUAAAAAAAAAUAGGCAUGCAUUUAAUUCUGCUUUUUCAUACAGGGUGUAUCCUGCAGAUCUCUUGUCUGUUGCCUUUGCAAGCCCUCCCCUUCUAACCCUACCCAGACAUUCAGUGGUGGUCCAAUCACAGACUUCUCACUGAAGCUCAAUGAGAAGUCUUUACAAGGCAAGUGCUCUGAGCAAUUGCUGCCUCUUAAAGGGACACUCCAGUGCCAAGAAAACAAUCCGUUUUCCAAGCACUGCAGGUCCCCUCUCCCUUCUACCUCCCAUCCCCGGUUGCUCAAAGGGUCAAAACCCUCGGCGCUGCUUCUUGGCCCACGCUCCUUCCCAUCACCACGUCAGCCGGCGGGGGAGACUGAUCACGCCCGCCGGCAGGGGAUACCUAAUGCGCAUGCGCGGCAAUGCUUUCCUAUGGGGAUUUUAGUGACAUAGCGUGAGGACGUCCAGCGACACUAUAGCACAGAAAAUCUGUGCUAUAAUCCUGGAAGUGCCCUCUAGUGGCUGUCUAGUAGGCUGUCUAGUAGACAGCCACUAGACAGGCACUGGAGGAGGAGUUAACCCUACAAGGUAAUUAUUGCAGUUUAUAAAAACUGCAAUAAUUACAGUUGCAGGGUUAAGGGUAGUGGGAGUUGGCACCCAGACCACUCCAAUGGGCAGACGUGGUCUGGGUGCCUGGAGUGUCCAUUUAAAUUUAGCUCCACUGAGUUACCCAAACCAGGAAGUAACAGACAAAACCUGUUGUCUGCUUGAAAGUCAGGAGGGUGUAGCCAGGUUAAUUCAUAAACAUGUACAUUUCUAGUGAAAUCUGCAUUUAUUGCAAAAUAAAAAAAAUAGGACAAACUCUUCCUACUUAAAACUUUUCAGAAAGCUAAAGUGGUUCAUGGGACUUGAGUGUUCUUUAAACUAAGUCUAAGGAAAGUCGUUGGAAAGUUUAACAACUGAAAGAGUAGCCUAUUACUUGAAUUUGUUGCCUGUUUUCUGUUUGUUUUUUGUGGAGGGAGGGGGAUUUGCAUUUGCAUUCACUUCUUGUUGCAAAAAAAAUAAAACCAGUAGAUCCAUAACUUUUUUAUCAGCUAAUGUUAUUUUGUAUAAAAUAUGUAUCGACUGCUAUUCACAGCAGCAGCACUGAGUGACCGAAAUAAUUAGUAUUUCUUGCACCCAGAUACAACUGCUAUAGCCGUAUAAACCAAAUAAACCUACUGUAUACCUAUACUAAAUGCCUCCUGGACUGUAAGUGCUAAACACACCGACUAGUGCUAUAUAAAUAAAAUAUACAUGCAAUAUCCCCUACACUGCAAUGGAAUCUGUUUAAUAUAGCUAUUAGCGCUAUUCAAAAUAUACCCGCUAACAUUGUAUGCUUACUGUGCUUACCAAGUCCCAUGUGUACUACAAGUAAUAAUUACAUCUGCUAGCGUUUUAGAAUGAUCAAAUAUAUAAAAAUGGACAUCCAUAUACUGCACUUUUGGAAUCUACAGUUCUUAAUCAAUAUCCCCUGAAUCCUGCUAAACACUAGACAUGUGCAUGGUUGAAAAAUUUGGUUCGAAAUAGGCCAAUCAGGGAGCUACAAAAUAUAAGUAAUAUGUGUAUAUAUUGCUGUACAAUGAUAGGUGCGUUUUUGUUCCAAUUGGCUCACAUAUCAAGUGAGAAAAGUAACCAAUAGAGGGGAGCGCAGGGGGGGAGGUAAUAAACAUAUUUUUGUUUUAUAUCUUUGUUAAAUAUAUAAUAUAGAAAUGUAGAAUUGUUUUAACUGUUCAUCUUUUUCCUGCUCUGUUAGUCACUUUUCACUUGAUCUGUGAAUAAAAUCCACAUUCAGUGACUGUACCCUAGCCCUCCAUCAUAAUUUUAACAAUCAAUCAUCUUUUUUUUUUUGUUGUUGACGGAAGCCCUGAGUAAACCAAACUGGCUUAUUUAUUGCCCUAUUCAGUUGUUUAUUAACUUGUUCAUACAGCAGCUCGGUGUUACGUAAUUCAGACUUCCUGGCUAUCGGCACAAAUUCAGUCGAAUUCCAGUUCAGAAUGUCCUUACUGCACAUGUCUUCUAAACACAUCUGUUUGUGCUAAAUAAAUCAAAUAUACAUAAGCUGUACACCUACAGAUCAUACAGAUUUACGCAAUCUGUAAAGUGCCAAGUACAACUGUCUGUUCUAAAUAAAUAAAUUAUACAUAAACUGUACACCUACAAGUCGUACCGAUUUCCUUUUCACCGUAACACAAUCUGUAAAGUGCCAAGUACAGCUGUUUGUACUAUAUAAAUUAAAUGUACAAACAUAGUGUAUUUACUGACUCACCCAUCUACUGUCAAGUGCUAAGUAUACGUUAUUGUAGUAUAUGUAACAUAUGGACAUACAUUGUAUACCUACUGCUUGUAUUGUAUGACCUAUAUACUGUAUAGUAGUAUGUGACGUGCUGAGUACACCUGAUAGUGCUAUAUAAAUAAAGUAUACAUAAACCAUUACGAUGCAUAGAUUAGUUCUUCUUUCUAAAGAACAGGUAAGAAAUUAGGAAGAGGAGGAGUACAGAGGAAAAGGGAGUUGAGACAAAGUGACCUGCCACACCAAAGAGGAGGAGCACUCGGACGGAUAAAAGGGAGAAAGGAAAUAGAGUUUCCUUUAGGUCUCAGUCUACAUUUAUCCACUCACACAGCUCUUGACGUUUUCAACAAUUGCAACACAAACUCACACAUUUUGCACUCCAUAGUCUGACUAUUCAACUCUUAUCUUGAGCGCAUUGGAGAAGCAAAGCAUGUGUUGUUAUAUAUUGCUUUACUGAGACAGUAAAGGGUUAAUAGUUAACUCAUUGAAGGUCCCAAGGGGGCACAUCCCAUUACCAAGAUCACCAGUGUUUGAUAGCUGCCAGUAGAAUCAGAGAAUAAUUGAAUCUUGCUUGGAUUUGUAAUAUAAUUUGUUUUAUGGACCUCUCAGCCCAUCAACUUUACUGUCACAUAGGCAGAAAUGCCCAGCAAUAAUCAAGCCCAGACUGAGAGUCUAAUGAAUCACAGACUGUUUGCAAUCAUUUAUGUCUUCUAAUAUUAAUUAGUGGGAAUGGGGAGGCAGGUGAGAUAUAUCAGUUUAUUAAUGUUUGUUUAUAUUAUAGUGGCUAGGGAGUAGGAAUGGAUGUUUAUAUACUUAUAACCCUGAUGUUGUCACUCGUAGAAAUGCGGUAGUGUGCCCGCAUUCGUAAGAAUGCAACAUCACACUGCAUGUAACAAUUAAGUGUACAUUAUUGUAUAUUUUGGCAUAGUCUUUAUCACAAUUUUUUGGCCAUUAGUCCAAAACAGGGCAGAUUGGCAAUAUAGUAACAAGGAAGUCUUGUGUUCAAUCUCCUUAUUAAAUUUCCCUUUAAUUAUUCUUCUUUGUGGCCAUGUGUGUUCACAGUACAUUACAUUAGGGUGUGCGACCAGAGAAAAAUAACAUCUAAAAAAACUUACAAAAUAUUCAAUUAAAAAAUAAAAACAUGAAAGUGACACAUUUCUGAUUUAGUUAUAUGUGUGUAUACAAGGAUAUUCAUGUGGUUAUUUUUCUUCAAAAUCAUAAGAAGAAAACCCAAAUUCUUGCCAUACUUUCCAAAGAGACCAAAACAGGGGACGGGCGGUGGGAAGGGGUAAUUUGGCACUUCUGAAACACGUAGUAGUGGCAUAUUACAUGAUGGCUGCAUUAUUUGUAAAUUGAAAUUAUGAGCCUCACAUUGCACUGAAUUACACACAGAUGUUUACAUGAUUUAAUGGACUAGGUGUCAUCACAUCACCCAUCACUUUUGGAAUUUUAAAACAUGAUUUACAUGUUUAACUAAAUGCUAAAUACUAUAGACAGAACCCAUAUUUUAUCAGCAAAUGAUAACAUUUAAUGAUUUACUUUUUUUUUUACUUAUCUGUUAUUACCUUAUUGAAAAUAUCUGAGCUGGGUACAUUUCACAUGCCUUGACUAAAGAGUAAACUAAAGAGUAGAUUUGAUUCAAAACUCAAAGCAAAAUAAUUCUGAAUUUUUUUUGGCAUAGUGAGUUCGGACAGUCAAAAUACUGUGACGUUUAUUAAAGUCGCUAAAAAAAAACACAGCGUGCAAAAAUUAUGAUAUGUUUAGAAAAUGCCAAAUUAAGAUAUUGUUUAGUCUAGCUAUCAUAUCAUAUCUAUUCUAUUUCUGGGCUGGCUUAUGACAAAUCAAUGAACUUCUUAGACAGCAGAGGGGUUAAACUCUGAAUGGGCAGUAUUUCACAGUGAAACACUGCACAUAAAGAUUCCAGGCACAAUGGCCACUUCAAAUUUCUGAAGUGGUUAUGGUGCAUCCCAUUAAAGGGACUCUAUGGGCACGCAAACCACUUAAUCUCAUUGAAGUGGUUUGGGUGGAGUGUCCCUGUCCCCUUAAACCUACAACUGUAAUUAUUGCAGUUAUUGAGAAACUGCAAUGAUUACCUUGCAGGGCUAACUCCACCUCUAGUGGACAGACACAAGAGGUGCUUCCAGGUCUUUAGCGGACUUUUGGUCCAAUAAAUAAUGCUGGACAUCCUCACGCUCUGCAUCAGGACAUCGAGCAUCAGCUGAAACCCCACAGGGCCGCAAGAGAGGGAGGUAACAAUGUGGCACAAUAAUGCUAGGCAUACAUCUUUGUAUUCCUAGCACAAUAGUUUCCCUUUAAUACCAAAGAGUGAUAGGCCCACUUUAUUCUAAUUACAUUUUUUGUAAAUCUCCAUCCGUUCUGCAGGAUAGUGUAAUGUAGCAGAUUAUAAAAAAGAUGUAAAGGAUACAUUACAUAAAACAUAUAACUUUACAUAUAUAUAGAUGCAAAAACAGAUAAAAUUCAUAUCUUGUAAGAUAUUACAAGAUACGAAUUGUAUCUGUUUUUCACAUCUACAUCACUGGACUAAUUCGGCUGCAAUCUCUACUUGAAAAGUGGGGUGGGCGGAAUUCCCCAAUACUUUUCAUUAAAAGAACACUAUAGCGUUAGGAAUAAAAACCUGUGUCAUUGUCCUUCGUGGUGAUGUACAUAUCAAAUUAUCCUCAAAGAGCGCGCAUGCAUUCAAGUUCCACCUAGGAAAGCAUUGAAUCAGUGCUUUUUUUAUGGGGUCUUCUGCAUUACGUGGCCAAGUCAGUGCAAUGGGAGCACUUUCCAUAAAAGAACGCAAUGUUUUACAUUGCAGGGUUAACAGGACGAAGACACUGGUGCACCCACACUGCUUCAUUGAGAGAUGACAUGGUCUGGGUGACAAUAAUGUCCCUUUAACUCUAUGAAUGCGAUUACAAUGUUUUUGAGGUUUUUUUAUUGUUGAUUGUAAUAUUUGUUAAAAACAGAACGUGGUCUCAUAUUCAGUAGUAGUUAUAGUUAAUCAGAUGUGUUAACACCUUUCCAUUCCAUUAUCUUGAGAUAAAUCUGGUAAAAUGUGUGUAGUAUCAAUAGAUGCUAUAAACUUUUGGAGGAAUGUCACAGUGGGAAAUGCUUCUGAUACUUUGGGAAAUAUAACAAUAGAAUAAAUGUCCACUAAACACAGCAGAACGAGAGUGCAGUAGGGGUUUGGUACAUCAAAGGCCAUUCACAGCUCAGCUUGACAAGAGAUAUCCUAAAAUUGUUAUUUUCUCUCUGCUUGGGGGAAGCCAUAAAUUCCACAAGGUUAUUACAUUAUUCUCCUGGUGGACCAGGGUAAUCACCAAACAUUUUAUUACCAUACAAUCACACCCACAUCAACAAAAGGUCUUUCAUACAGAGACAAGCAAGAAGUGGUCAAAAGACCGUAGUCUGUGUUUAUUGUUUUGGUUUUUUUUUUAAAAACAUUGUUAUAGGUGGAAAAUGUGUAAAAAAAAAUAUGUUGAAAUGUAUAAUAAAUUGACUUUUUAAUUUAAUUAUCUUCUCUUUACUCCAGGAAAGGAAGGGAUUCUUCGAUGUCACCCUGACUUGGCCGGCAGAGAGUUGAUGAGUGGAACUUUGACACCAGAGUCUUUGAAUGAACAGAAUCAAGCGGGCCUCACUUCCCUUAGCCAAACGGAUAGAGAGGCCCUGAAUGUUCUAAACUCUCAGUACAAAACUAAAUUUGUCUUUCCCUUUGUUAUAUGUGCUAAAAUGUCUGAUAAAAGUCAAAUAAUAGAAGAACUGAAGUCUCGACUCCAAAAUAAUAGAGAUGAAGAACUUGGGAUUGGCAUUGCAGAGGUUAAGAAGAUUUGUCAUCUCAGAUUGCAAGACAUAUUCCUGAAAGUCAUACCCACAAAACUGUGACUAAAUUGAGCUGUAAUGUUACAUUAUGUGCAUUUACUGUUACUAUUGCGUUUCAUUAUCAUUGCUUGACUAAAACAGCUGAAAUAAAUGUGUGUGUUGGUAAAUAACGAAAACAGUUUAGAAACAAGUGCCGUAGUAAGUGCAAUAAUUAAUAUGUAAUACUUAAAUUGUAAAGGUAAAUCAAGUUUUCCUGGUUUACGUAUUUAAAGUAAUAACACAUAAUAAAUUUUUUCCAAAACCGCAGCCAUUUUCCUCCGUCCAUUUAUUUUACUCUGGUUUCUUCAUGUCUUUCCAACAAUGAACCCAGUAGCACAUUGGUGGCCAGUAUUGCACACAUUACACGGGCACGUUUAACACUUUACUGAUUAUAUACAGGAAAACGUAGAGCUGGGUUAGUCUCAAAACGUUAAGGAUGAACCCAUUCAACAUUUUAGAUGACGUUUGAAAAGCUGAAUUCUGCAAGCAACACUAGACAAGCUUUGUAUGUGUAAAAUGGCAAUUUUAAUACAUCAUUUUACAUAUCUGCUAUUCUAGCUUGACAGUGUGUUGCACUUGUGCACACUUAACAGGGCACUAUAGGCACCAAAACAACUUUAGCUUAAUGAUGCAGUAUUGGUGUAUACAUCAUGCCCCUACAAUCUAACUGCUCAAUUCUCUGCCAUUUAAAGGGACACUACAGUCACCAUUACAACUACAGAUUAAUGUAGUUGUGGUGUUUAUAGUCUGUCCCUGCAGGCAUUUCAUUGUAAACACUGUCUUUUUAGAAAAAAAAAAGGCAAUGUUUACGUUACAGCGUGCAGCACUGAUUUUAAACAUCUCCACAUUCUUCAUGGGGGCAGUGAACUUUCUCUGAAGAGAUGAAUUAAAUCAAUGCAUCUCUAUAAGAAGAUGCUAAUUGGAGCAGUGCAGCAUGUUGCCGAGCAUGAUCGAUAGCCUCCCGAUGCUUUAUUAUGGGAACCAUUGGUUCUCAGUCAAAGGGGCAUGGUGUGGGCAGGGGCAGUCAUGACCAGUGAGUAAAUCACCCUUUUAACCAGAGGUAAAGGGGGCCUCAGGACCCAAACAGCUUUUUAGACCUAUUUGUAUUCCUGACAAUAUACUGUUCCUUUAAGAGUUUGUUUUCUUUAUACAACCAUAGCCACACCACCCUGCAUGUGACUGGCACAGCCUUCCUAAACACUUCCUUUAAAGAGAUCUAAUGUUUCAACUUCCUUUAUUGCAAAUUAUGUUUAAUUUAGAAUUUCUUAUCUCCUGCUCUGUUAAUAGCAUAUAGAAGCAUCCUGUGUGUGAAUAUUUGCAGAGCAGGAGGUUUAAAAAAAAAAAAAAUCAUCUUAUAAAACAACUUAAUGAUGGAUAAUGAAACCAUUUUUUUAAAUGCAGUCUGUGUCAGUCUGUUUAUGUGGCUAAGGUUGGAUAAACAGAAACAAAAGUAAUUUAACUCCUAAAUGACAGAGGAUUGAGCAGUGAGACCACAGGGGCAUGAUCUAUACUAAUUUCAAUAUUUAAAGGGACACUAUAGUCACCUGAACAACUUUAGCUUAAUGAAGCAGUUUUGGUGUAUAGAACAUGCCCCUGCAGCCUCACUGCUCAAUCCUCUGCCAUUUAGGAGUUAAAUCCCCUUGUUUAUGAACCAUAGUCACACCUCCCUGCAUGUGACUUGCACAGCCUUUCAUAAACACUUCCUGUAAAGAGAGCCCUAUUUAGGCUUUCUUUAUUGUAAGUUCUGUUUAAUUAAGAUUUUCUUAUCCUCUGCUAUGUUAAUAGCUUGCUAGACCCUGCAAGAGCCUCCUGUAUGUGAUUAAAGUUCAAUUUAGAGAUUGAGAUACAAUUAUUUAAGGUAAAUUACAUCUGUUUGAAAGUGAAACCAGUUUUCUUUUUUUCACGCAGGCUCUGUCAAUCAUAGCCAGGGGAGGUGUGGCUAGGGCUGCAUAAACAGAAACAAAGUGAUUUAACUCCUAAAUGACAGUGAAUUGGGUAGUGAAAUUGCAGGGGAAUGAUUUAUACACUAAAACUGCUUUAUUUAGCUAAAGUAAUUUAGGUGACUAUAGUGUUCCUUUAAUUCUCAUCUAGUAACUUAGAAAAAGGAAGUGAACAUUUUUUGUUUCAUUUUGCUUCAUAAUUACUGGGGUUUAAGCUGUGUUUCAUUUGAAUAUACAGUUUAGGAAACAAACUAUUAUCUUUAUCAAGCAUAUGAACUAAUAGUUCCAUUGCAAUGGAAAAGAUGUGUCUUGCUUCCGAACUGUGUACAGUUUGCACUUGUAGCUCCUUAGUUGCAGAACUAUGAUUCUACCAAUGAACAUAAUAUGGAAACUAAAACCUAAGCUGUGAACAAUUACUCAUCUCGCGUCCAGCAAUGCUAAUUUAACACAUUCAUUUACAACACAGCAACAUUUAUAUUAACGGAAAGAAUAUGUUCAGAAAAAAAGCUAAAUAACUACAGCUCCAGAUGCAACCAAGGGAUUUUUUUCUUGCCAUAUUUACAGAGUAAUAAUUCCAAAUACCAUCUCCCAAAACGUAUCAAGUAAUAAUGUACUGUACUAGUUUGAAAUAUUUAAUAAGAUAUCUGAGAUGAAAUUAAGAGUUUUAAAAAUUCAAGAUAUAAUCAAUAUUUUGGGGUUCGUUUGCUAAAUUAAAAUUGUGGAAAACUGACAAGAGAACUUAAAACGUUAUGGCUAAACUAGCUAAUUUUUUAAAAAAUGUUCUUUUGGUGACAUUUUAGUAACACAAAUUGCAUUAGAUUAGUG